ACAAUAAAAUGGUAAAUUGAGUCAAGACAAUGUGACAAAUGUUCAAAAUUCCCAGUGUUUUUUAAUAAGUUUCAGUUGGACCAAGCAACUAGCAAGAACACUGUUGCCCUGAAGAAUUCAUGGCUGCCUCGAAUCUUUAUUCUCUUUCUCUGCCUUCACAUUUAUUUCAUGCAAACAACAACACACAUAGCAAGGCAUUUCACAGUCCCCUUUUUAUGCCAGGGAAGUCAUCCUCCCUUUUCAAAAGAAAUAGAUUGAUCAGGUGCAUUGCUGCUGAACCUGUGGAGAAGACUGUUUAUACGACAAAGGUACCACGCAAUGCCAAUAUUGCUAAAUUGCAAGCAGGAUAUCUCUUUCCAGAGAUUGCAAGAAGACGUUCAGCACACAUGCAAAAGUACCCAGAUGCAAAAGUCAUAAGUCUUGGGAUUGGAGAUACAACUGAACCUAUUCCAGAAGUUAUCACUUCAGCAAUGGCAAAGCGUGCAGAAGCCUUAUCAACGGAAGAGGGCUAUAGUGGCUAUGGAGCAGAGCAAGGUGAAAAGGCUCUCAGGGUUGCUUUGGCAGAGACAUUUUAUGGAGAUUUUGGCAUAAAGCAUUCUGAGAUCUUUGUUUCUGAUGGAGCAAAAUGCGAUAUUUCUCGUCUUCAGCUUGUUUUUGGCUCAGAUGUGACGAUUGCAGUGCAAGACCCAUCUUAUCCGGCAUAUGUGGAUUCAAGUGUUAUAAUGGGCCAGACAGGCACAUAUCAGAAUGAUGUAAAGAAGUAUGGGAAGAUUGAGUACAUGAAAUGUAUUCCAGAGAAUGAUUUUUUCCCCGAUUUGUCAUCUGUACCCCGGACAGAUAUUAUAUUCUUUUGUUCGCCAAAUAAUCCAACAGGUUCUGCAGCCACACGAAAACAAAUGGAGCAACUUGUUGCAUUUGCAAAAGACAAUGGCUCGAUUAUAGUAUAUGAUUCUGCUUAUGCAAUUUACAUGUCUGAUGAUAAUCCAAAAUCAAUAUAUGAAAUCCCUGGAGCAAGAGAGGUUGCGAUUGAGACUGCAUCAUUCUCCAAAUAUGCUGGCUUUACAGGUGUCCGUCUUGGGUGGACAGUUGUUCCUGAUGAGCUUCGGUACUCUGAUGGAUUCCCCAUUGCAAAUGAUUUCAAUCGUAUCAUGUGUACUUGUUUCAAUGGUGCAUCUAAUAUUGCACAAGCUGGUGGAUUGGCUUGCCUUUCUCCAGAAGGGUUGAAGGCCAUGCAUGGAGUUGUUGAAUUCUAUAAAGAGAAUACUAGAAUCAUCAUGGAAACAUUUACAUCACUUGGGUUUGAUGUCUUUGGAGGAAAGAAUGCACCAUAUGUCUGGGUUCGAUUUCCUGGUCAAAAUUCAUGGGAUAUUUUUGCUGAGAUCCUUGAGAAAGCACAUAUAGUUACAACUCCAGGGAGUGGUUUUGGACCUGCAGGUGAAAGUUUUAUAAGGGUGAGUGCCUUUGGUCACAGAGAGAACAUAUUAGAAGCUUCGAAAAGGUUAAGGGCUCUUUUCAAGUGAACACCAUAACUUGCAUAAAAUUACUUGAGCAAUUCAUUUGUUUGUUGAAGAAAUGAAGGUAACUAGAUCCGUCCCAAAUGUGAUUGCUUGAUCUCCAACUUUAUUGAGUUGGACGGUUUUGUGUCCUUGCUGUUGUCAAUUCACAUUUAUUCAUGUAUAAUUCUUUCUGGAAUGCACAUCGCACAGCACACCACUGAUCUAGAAUUGCACAUUUCUCUUCGAAUGUCCGCAUUGUUCUGGCAAAGAAACUAUGCCAUUCCAAUUUUGGGUUAUUUUGCAGCUUCACCAGAAUUUUCUGGUCAACUAUUUCUCAAAAAAUGACAUUUGAAAUUCCGGUAGCAUAUCUAAGUACUUGGUGGUAAUUAAGGAGUUUAGAGAAGGUAUUCUGAAUCAUUUUUGGAUGGCAUAAUUUAUUGGCUCUAAAAAAUUUUAUUCAGUGCCCACUGCCCUAAGGCUUGUAUUUAGUAUCUACAAGAUAGGGCAUUCUUAAAGAAAUCAGAGUAAUGAUGUAGUAGCUAUGUUGCUAAGCAUCAUGGGCUCUAUAGCGAUGACUAAUUAUGACUUGGUGAAAAAACAGUUAAUAAGAUGAAUUGAGAAUUGUAGUUGCAGGAAUUGUGAUUUUGAUUGAUGAUAGAAAGUAAAUGCUUUUGAAAGAUUUCGCUUA